AUGGAUAUUGAUCCUUUUAUGAAUGCGGACGUUUUCAAUGUCCACGACAUUGCAGAAAUUGAAGAUUUUUUAAAUAAUUGCGAUGGGGAUUUUAUGACAAAAUUAGAACAGGAACUUACUUUUGUGGACAAUACAAAUGAAACAGGGCUGUUGGACAUUGAUACGAAAUGCAAGCCUGAAAUUUCAUCAUCUCCACAAGUUUCGCCAAAUUAUAAUCAUACCGGGAACCCAGUGAUGUCACAGCACACGCAUAGAAUUAGGCCAACGCCCCCGAUCAGUAAACCAAUGCAAGGUGGAUAUAUUAAAGAAGAGAAAUUCAAUUUGCCAACAUCCCUUGAGAAUGCGUCCGUGACGUUUCCUGAAGUUAUACCACAACAGAGGACUCAAGUUCAAAAUCAGCCGAUGAUUUUUCAACAAGUAGUACAGAGCCCCGUGUUUGUUAAUUUGGGUCCGGCUGGAAAUAUCCAACCUAUGCCUGACAAAAGGUCAAAUGUCAUUCAAGUUGAUAAUGUUCCACAAGUAAAUAAAACUAGCCCCCUAAAACAGCAGAGUCAACCUCUACUGAUACAAAACAAUCCCAAAGGUGUACCUUUUAUAUUAAAAAGUUCUGAUUCUAAUUUCUCACCAGUGUUAUUGCAGUCGAAUAUCAUUAACCCAAAGACACAAACGUUGAUGUAUACCAGUACUCCAUUACAGGUUUCAAGCACGAACCAAAAUAUUAUUACAAAUGCAAAGGCAGGAUCGGAGACAACACCCAUACACACAUUUUUUACAAACAGUAACGGUACUACUUUAUUGACGGGAAUACCUGCAGUUGUACUCGAAGGUGAUAAAAUUGCUUUAAACCCUGCACCAAACAUUGGACCUCCAAAAGUGAAAGAAGUGAAACGCAGUGCUCACAAUGCCAUUGAAAGACGUUACAGAACUAGUAUUAAUGAUAGAAUAGUGGAAUUGAAGAAUAUGCUUGUUGGUGAAGAGGCUAAGUUGAACAAGUCAGCAAUAUUGCGUAAAACAAUUGAGUACAUUAAGUAUUUGCGAAGUCAGAACACUAGGUUAAAACAAGAAAAUAUAGCUCUUAAACAGGUUUGUCAAAAGUCUGGAGUUAAAGAGCCAAUAUUUGAAGGAGGUUAUACUCCGCCACAUAGUGAUGUGUCAUCACCUUAUCAUUCUCCACAUUCAAUUGACAGCGACACACCUUCUUCACCAGAAUACAAGACUGAAGAUAAAUACUCAAAGAUAGUAAUGGGUAUGGGUGAUCAUUCACGACUGGCGUUAUGUGCCUUCAUGGUUGGGCUUAUUGCUUUCAACCCAUUUAGCACAUUCUUUAGCAGUUUUACAACAGAGUAUACAACUACAGAUUUCAAUGCAAGAAUUGAUCAAAGGAAAAUUCUAUCAGAAGAUGAUUCAAGUUAUGAAGGAUCAUCUUGGGCGAUUUGGGUUUUUAAUACAUUCUUUAUAUAUCUUGUUAACUUUGUAAUACUUGGAGGCUGUUUGGUAAAGUUACUAGUUUAUGGAGAUUCUGUACCAAAAAGUCAGUCCAAGGAAGCUGGUUUAUUUUACAAACAUAAAAGGCUUGCUGGCAACCAUCUCAAAAAGGGCGAUCUAAAUAAUACGCGACUAGAACUCCAUCGAGCAUUGGAAGCAUGUGGAAGAAGUGUCCAGGCAGGUGGCCCAGGUCAAGCUAAGUACACGGCCCUCACAGCGGCUGUGCUUCGGCAGUUGCUGCAGAGAUUACCGUUCGGUGGCUUCCUUGCACGUCGCGCUGGAGAUCUGUGGAGGGACAGUCCAACAAGACGAGCUACGUUGCACUGGGCAACGGAGGUUUCUUCUGUUUCGCAUCAACUAGCCCAGCUGGAGAUCCUGUCGGAUCACAGAGGGCGCAGCGAACGAUUGUUGCUAGCGCUCCAAGCGAUUAAUUUGGCUGAGGUCGCCGGGAACAGACAAUUACUGGCCGACACGUACGUCACGGCGGCUUUAGUCUUUAAAGAUUAUAUGCCUAAGAUCGGAAACUGGUUGUGCGGGUAUUACUUGCGCGCGUGUCGUAGUGCGAGCGCGGAGUCGUGCGGCGGGUGGAGCGCGUGCAGCGUGCGGGUGCGGUGGGCGGCCAGCGCGCGCGGACAGCACUUCCUGCGCACCCAGAGGUGGUCGUACGACUCGGACCAUCCCCCCGCCAAACUCUUCUCCAGGCUGCCCGACCCGGCAGACCCACUCGCUUAUGCAAUGAGGGCGUAUCACUUGGAGAUUUUACAGAGGAGUCUCCAGAUGUUGUUAUGCGCGGACGAACGGACAAACACUCGGGACGUUCUCGAUCUCGUUAAAUUCAUAACCGACGACGUCUCAACCGAUGCGCCCCAACACACUGGUUGCUGGGAUCCGGUGAUGGAAUGGUGGGCGAACAUAGUCGGCGUCGCAGCCACUUGGCUAUUGGCUGAGACAGGACGGGCGGUCGACAUCGCCGAUAGGCUAGAUCUGUUGCCGGAGUCGCUCAUCAACUGCGAAGACCCACUACCGGGCGCUUUGCACAUGGCGUACAAAAGCAGACGCGGACUGUACAGUCUCGCGCAGUGUCGGGAUGAGCGAUCCGUCGAGAGGACAUCGGAAACAAUCCUCAAGGUCUGCGAUCUUGCUGGUGCCCGACUGGCGGACUCGUUGGCUUAUUACUGCUGCAGGAAACCGACUCAACUGAUGAUGCUAAUGCAGGUGUUGUGCUGCGAUUGGAUGUUAGAGGUACGCGCGGGCGUGUGGGAGGCCACCUCCGGCCUCAGGUCGAGUCCCGCUCCGCAUCAACAGCUGCGAGCCUUCCAACGGGACCUUCACUCUCUGAGGAGGCUGUCACAGAGCUUACCGUGGGUUACAUCUCGCGUAUUCUUACAAUCGGCGGUUUGUCGCAUGAUGGCGGGUGCCGCGCCGCGCAGGACACAACAACUGCUCGACGGGAGUCUCCGGCCUAGAUUCAACCGAGCGUCUAUAAUAUGCGGAAAGGAGCGCGCUCUGGAAGGCGGCGGCGGCGACGGAGAGCGAGCCGUAGCCCUAUAUAUGGCUUGCAAGCAUCUCCCCGCUGCGGUGUUGGCGGCGCCGGGCGAGCGGGCCGGCAUGCUGGCUCAAGCUGCCGCCACGCUGCAAAAGAUCGGACACCGCAGUCGACUGCCGCACUGUUAUAAUCUAAUGAAAUCAUUCGGAACCCUACCAUCAGCGCCGUGACGAAAUGUCUAACAUAUAAACCACGUAGUCGGAACAUGAAAACUAUAUAACAGUAUAAAAUACUGAAUAAAGCUAUUUAUAUAUGAAAUAUUAA